AUGGGAAGUCAGGUGUGCUGGGCUUUUCUCACCUUGCUCCUGAGGUGUGCAAUUUGUGCUGCCGUAACUAGGUCAAAAGCAGAUGAGAGCCUUUUGCUUCUGCAAACACAUGGACGAGACAACAGCGACUCCUAUGGGCAGGCUGCUGGGAGAUUUCCGGUUUUGGUCUUUCCUCUCUUUUUCGGAGGAGAGAUCAGAAGAAAGAGAGAUUGGGUUAUUCCCCCUAUCAGCUUCCCAGAAAACGACAGAGGACCUUUCCCCAAGUCAGUGGUGCAGUUGAGGUCUAGUGUUGCUAAGGAGAUCGCCAUCAUCUACAAAAUCACAGGACCAGGGGCUGACCAGCCUCCUGAGGGAGUGUUUACGGUCGAUAAGCGGUCAGGCAUGUUGUAUGUGACCAAACCACUGGACAGGGAGAAGAUUCCAGAGUACCGCUUGAGGGCUCAUGCUAUUGCUUCAGGCCACGACUCUGUAGAACAGCCCAUGGACAUCAUCAUUAAAGUCAUCGAUCAGAAUGACAACAGACCGGUCUGUCCCCCCAACCCUUUCAGAGGGUCUGUGACUGAAAACGCCCGGCCAGAUGUGUCAGUCCUGCAGGUGAGAGCAGAGGAUUUAGAUGAUCCAAACACGGAUAACGGAGUGGUCCAGUACAGACUACUGAAACAGGAACCUGGGCUCCCUAAUGCAGAGAUGUUCACUGUCAACCCUGUUAGUGGCCUUAUCAGUGUCAACUCUGUGGGACUGGACAGAGAGACUCAGCCUCAGUAUAAGCUGCUGAUUGAGGCAGCAGAUAUGGAUGGGGCUGGCCAAUCCACAACCUGUACCGCCUCAAUCACUGUGACUGACAUCAAUGACCACGCCCCCAAAUUCAGCCACAACUCAUACACCGGUUCAGUUGAGGAAAAUAAAGUAGGUGAGGUUGUUGUGAGGUUGCCUGUCACAGAUCUGGAUGCAGCAUCGACAGUUUAUUCAGCAACAAAGUACACCAUCGUCAGGGGCAACGAAAACAAGCUCUUCAACAUCAGCACCGGGCCCAGCCGAAUGGAGGGAGUUAUCACCACCGCAAAGGGUCUGGACUUUGAGCGGUCUGGGCGUUUGUCUCUCGUGGUUGUCGUCGAGAAUGAAGCCCCUUUUGCUGUUCCCUUGACGACUUCGUCAGCCACCGUUUUUGUGAAUGUGGAGGACCUUAACGAGGCGCCCAUCUUCCUGCCUGGACAAAAACGCAUCAGUGUGCCAGAGGACCUGUCAGUGGGCACGCCCAUCACUCAGUACACGGCUAAGGACCCUGAUACAGCCAGACAGCAGACUAUACGGUAUAAGUUGUGGGAGGAGUUUUCUGGUUGGCUGAUGGUGGAGAGGGACACUGGUGUGGUCAAAGUCAGAAGUCCCAUGGACAGAGAGUCGUCACACGUCAAAGACGGAACAUACACGGCUUUCGUUCUCGCCUAUGAUGACGAUUUUAAACCGGGCACGGGUACAGGCACACUCGUGAUUGAGGUAGAGGACGUGAAUGACAACGCCCCAGUUCUGGACCAGCGAGCAGUUCUGUUCUGUUCCACUGAUCCAGAGCCCGUAACCCUGACCAUCUCAGACGCAGACGGUCCUCAUAAUGCUGGUCCGUUUUCUGCAGAGCUGCAGAGGGAUGCUCGGAGCAACUGGACAAUCACCACUAACUCCACCAUGGGCAGUGUGGUGAUGCGUCCUCGUAAGCGUUUGCCUGCUGACGUGUACAGUGUGUUGCUCCGUGUGUAUGAUGCUGGGAGGCUUUUCCAGGACAGCAGUCUCAGUGUGGAGGUGUGUGAGUGUCGGGGAGUCGCCUCCGCCCAGGCCUGUCUCAGUCCACGCUCUCAACCCCACGCCACUGACAGCGCCACCCUCUCUGUCGCUGUUUUAGGAGCUGUUUUUGGCCUCCUCUUGUUUCUGCUGCUACUGCUCCUCUUCAUCAAGAGGAAGAGAGGAGGGAGAAAGGAGGUGCUGCUACAGGAAGAGGAUGUCAGAGAUAAUAUUUAUUAUUAUAAUGAAGAAGGAGGAGGGGAGGAGGACCAGGAUUAUGACCUGAGUCAGUUGCAUCUUGGUUUGGAUAACCGCCCGGAGGUUCUCUGUGCAGACGUAGCUCCCACACUCUCACCUGCUGUACAGUACCGCCUACACCCAGAGGAGAAUGAAGAGAUUAGCAGCUUCAUUAAGGAUAACCUGAAUGCUGCAGACAGAGAUCCCUCUGCUCCUCCAUACGACUCUCUGCUGGUGUUUGAUUAUGAGGGAGCAGGGUCGGAGGUCGGCUCUCUCAGCUCUCUGCAGUCCGGCAGCAGUGAUGGGAACCAGGACUACCAUUACCUUAACCAGUGGGGGGUGCCGUUCCGCAAACUCGCCGAUAUGUAUGGAGGAGGAGAAGAUGACUGUGAUUCUGACAUUUUGCCAGGAAAAACAGAAUGGGUCUGA